AUGGCAACUAGCGAUCUGAUACUGGAACCACUGAGCAACGGAGCGGAGCCUUGGGCAUUUAGUGUGAUCGUUGUACCCGACUUCACGAAGCAUGGCACAGCACCUGGAAACAGCCACCCUUGGCUCCAUGAAAUACUGCGACCACAACAAGCGCAAGCUCAAAUCAUUCGAUUCAACUACCAGAUCACCAUGAAGGGCCCAUCUGUUUGGCACCAACUAAGGCAAAGUGCCCAAGAUCUGGUCGAUGUAUUCCGCAGCAAGACCGACUUGCACAAGAUGCUAGCAAAGCCUAUGAUUUUCGUUGGCCAUGGCUUGGGAGGCCUUAUCGUGAAGCGCGUCUUGACUAUCCUCGCGACUCCAACCCUAUCUGGGUCAGAGCCGCGGCCUCGUAACAAAGACGUGUUGAGGUUGAUCUCUGGCGUUAUAUUCUUCGGUACUCCGCAUGUCAGGAACAAUGAUAGUAAGAAUUGGCACAGACUAACAAACCUGCUGAAAUUCACCGGUGUCCUUCCAUCACGAUUUCUAGCCUCAUCUGAAAGAGAAGCCAAGACUGCAGUCUUCACAUGCGACGAAUUCGAAAGGUCGAGAGUCGAAAUGCAGGUCAUUUCGAUUUACGAAACCAAGAAUACGAAAAUUAAGACACAUCGUUACUGGCCCCUCAGAGACGAACUUCCUUUAGUCGAUAGAGUUCUUGCUGAGACAUUUGCUAUGAAGGAACAGCUUCUAGGAAACGAAUUUGCUCAUGAAGGUGUGAGUAACGUCUUACCACAGUCACAUAUACAAAAGCAUAUCACCUUGCUAUUGAUGUCUGCUCUUGGAACUGGUAGACAGGGCACGACAAUACGACCUAUCCAAGAUCCAACUACCACACAAGCACAAGACGAUCUAUGGGAAGAAUCCGUUGCUCCGCUCUCCGUAGAUGGCAAUCGGCAGAACGACUCCAACUCGUACAAUGCAGCCAGCCGUAGGCAUGGCACAUCAGAGGGCGCCGACUUGGGUUCCAGCUUACCAUCCAACUUUGACGUCAUUCCGUCCGAUGAUCAGGGAAACUAUGUUGCCGAUGUAGCGGAGACAAGUACGUGGCCAUGUCACUUGUGGGGAGGAUUUGAAAGUGAAACUGACUUCACUGGCCGCCACGAAACUUUCGCUGAUAUCGAUGCCUGCUUUUUCCCAUCCGCAGACCAAGAACAGGAGCGACUUUCCGAACAAUCUCCUGAGCUGCCAUGUUGCUGCAUUAGUGGUCUUGGUGGUAUGGGUAAAACAUCGACGGCGAUUCAAUAUGCAUUGGCUCGUCAGAAGGAAUUUGAUGCUAUCUUUGUUGUGCAAGCCGACUUGCAUGCUAAACUAUCCGAUCAAUUUUCAAAGAUUGCACCCGCGCUAGGUCUCAUCGAAAAAGUCACCGAUAACAAUGACACAGGCAGCGAAGACGUGGAUCUUAUCGUGAAUCGCAGUAAGGCAUUAGAAUGGUUGGCAAGCCCCAAGUUCGCCACUUCAGCACUGGAAGAAAGAAAAAGAGCUCUGGAUGGUACAGAAUCUCGAAAGCUUAAUUGGCUGCUGAUCUUCGACAAUGUGGAAGAUUCUUCUAUGCUCAGAGACUACUGGCCAAGUGGCAGUAUUGGCUGUGUGCUAGUCACAACGCGCGAUGCAAGGAACAGCGACUACCUUGCCUUACAGAGCCGCACCAGGCACAUAUCCUUGGAAGGCCUAGAUCCUACAUCGGCAUCAGAGCUCUGUCUCAAAUUGAGCUGCAUAGCUCCCAGCGUCAGUAAUAAUGCUGAUGCUUCCAGCAUCGUGGAGAAACUUGGAUAUCUUCCGUUGGCAAUCCGACAAGUUGCCGCUUAUAUUUUCAGGAAACGCAUGACCCUCGAAGACUUUCUAAUACUGUACGACAAAACAUUACUAGAUGGUAAGGAGGGCGACAGGAAUGGUUAUUCGUGGAGUUACGACAUCAUUACGUCUUGGGCACUUGAUGCUUUGAGCGCACAUGCACAAUCCCUGAUCGGCAUCUAUUCCUAUCUCGAUCCUGAUGGAGUGCAAGAUUCUCUCCUGACCGACUCCCUGGAGAAUCAUCGCAAUAGAAAACUUCCAGCAAACUGCCCAGAUGAUAAGUCUGUGCAUAUAGACGCUCGUGGUGAGCUGCUCAAAAGCUCUUUGAUUCGAGGCAAUCUGAGCAAGAAACCUCUCGUGAUUCGCAUGCACCGAUUGGUGCAGACAAUCACAGUGGUUAGAAUGGCUCACCUGCAACGAGAUGAGGUUUUCUCUUUUGUCGCCUGUGCCAUAUAUGAUGCCUGGCCGUUCACCGAAAAUAAUUGGGAUCAUCAAGUUGGUUUGUGGUCCGCGCAGGAGAUGCUGGUGCUGCAUAUCUUCAGGUUGACUGAUAUUGCAAAAGCUCACGGGAUUAGCGGCAUCGAGGUUGAAGUGAAACGCAAGUUUAUAGCGCUAUUGUCCGCUUGUGGUUGGUAUGGGCAGGAGCGUGGCGAUUUCGACUCUGGUAUACCCCUCCUUGAGUUCGGCAUCGAUUUGUGCGCCACAUCCGAGGACGAUUUCCUCGAUCUGCGAGCAGACCUCUCGUUCGGCCUUGGUGGUGCGACCUGUGACACCAACCGCUGGCCAAAUUUCCUUUUUCAUGCUAAAGAACAACUGCGUUACCGUCUUCGUUCCGACGCUCAAAAGGGUACUGGUCCAACAUCCAACACGGCUAUCGCUUAUAGUGAGCUCGGCAUAGCGCAAGCUCUCAUGAAGCAGUACGGAGAUGGCAUACAGAACUGCGAUAGGGCUAUUGAAAUCUAUUCCACUCAAUCAGAUGUGGUAGAUGGCACGUUCUUUCCAGCGUUCCCCAACAUUCACCGUGCUCUCGCACUUGUUGGAGCAGGGCGGCCCGAGGAAGGCGAGCAAGGGCUCUUGGACCUGAUCGCAUGGGAAAAGAACCAUGUUGAAUCCGGGAAGGCAGACUUCAAGUAA